CAACGAUUUUGCGGCGGACACGCUGAGCAACCCCAUGGCCUGGGAGGAGCAGCACAUGCUGAAGCAGACCAGCAUUUUGACCCUGGGCUGGUUCGUGUACGUUACCUCGAAGCCGGACUACGCACCCCUGGUUCACCGGCCGGACACCGUGUUCGGACGGUACAAGCAGGUGUUGCGCAGCGAAAAGCUGGUGGCCUUUGCCCUGCAGGAGAUCGUGCAGCGUUCGCGGCUCUUUCCGACGGACGCGGCGCACGCCCCGCCGAACGCGCCCUUGGCGCGCUUUUCCCGGCACCGCGUGCUGGCGUUUUUGGGCUGCUCCUUCCAGAAGUUCCACGACAUCCACCGCAUGGUCUUCGUGCAGUACUGCAGCCGCGUCGCGGAAACGUUGAAGCUGGAAGACUGUCCGGUGCUUCUUCCGCACGGUUUGACCCUCGUGGUGCGGCAAGCAUUUAGUAUUUGUGGCGCCCCCGCCGGAACAUCAGGAGGUUCAUCUUCACCAUCAUCUUCGUGCAGCAGCGGUGUCGAGAGAGUGAAGAAACGCAUUUGGGCACAGGACAUCGCAAACCGUGCCGGGUUGCAGUUUCUGCUGGGACACAUGGUGAACGACCUGGGCACCUACCUGCCGAAUUGUUUGGAUCUGCUCGCCGCCCUACUCCCGGGAACAGACAGUUUGGACGCGCAGAGCGACAUGGUGUACGACAGUCUGAUGCUUUUGAUGCAGGAGACAAAAGUUCCGUCGUUCACCACACUGCUGCCCUCCGUGACCGACUGUGUGCGGUCGGCCAAUCAGGAGACCGCGGAAUUGCAACGCCCGGUCUACGUCGAGCACUUCUUCCUGCGGCAGUUUGGUGUGAGUUGCGCCCCCGUUUACGAUGCAACGUGUACCGGGAUGCGGGCCGGAACCCAGGGUCGGCUCCUCCGGAAGGCCGUGGUGGAGCCGCAACGCACCAAGCUGGAGGCCUCCGUGUGCGCCCACUGGCAGCUCGGGGCCGGCGAAGGGUUCUGCAUGCUUCCGCUGGUUUUCACCACGCUAGACUCCUUCAUCGACAAGUACAGCAGCGCGGUGGGCAGAAAGCACGACCCGGCGCUGCCUCCGUCCUCCACCCGGGACGCGUUCUCGGCCGACGUACAGUCUUUGAAGACCCACUUGAUUGAGCAGAACCACAUUUGCGUGCCGAGCAACGUCGCGCUGUCCCUGGCCGCGAUUCGGUUCGUGUGCAAAAUGGUGAUCGCCUUUCCCGACCGGUGGCAAAGCAGCGACCUGCACCUCGCGGUGUCGGCCGAGGGAAGGAAACUGACGAAAGAACCGACCUUGACGCUUCCCCUGUUCCAGCGGCUCUUUCGCCUAUUUCUGUGCUGCAGCGCAAAACCGGAGUUUCGCUCCUUGGUGCCCUUAAUUCUUCAGGCGAUGGCCACGUUUUUCCAGGAUGUGGAGGCAAUAGCAAAGUCAAGAACAGGAGGAGCCUCAAGUAGUACUGCUGCCUCACAGCUGCACUCCAUGUACGACCCAGAGCCACGACCGGUAUUAAACGACACAGCAUCCACGUUUCACCAGCAGAGAACUACGUCAAGCACUAUGAUGGAAGAGGACCACCAUCCGCAGCUGCAGACCACGACCAACCUCCAAGCGCAGUACGGACGCCGACGACGACGGGGAGGUGGACUCGCACCCGCGAGAGUUUCUACAACCGGACGGGACCACGCCGACCACUACGAAACGGCAGUCCCAGACCAACAACGAGAGGAACUACUAGUACAACCCGAACGCAAGACCAACAAGGCGCGGGCGUUUUCGCUGCUGCUCCUGCUCGAGCAGAACCAGUCCCAGUUCUUUGCCUGUCUGCACCAAAACUUGAACGCGGAGAGGGCCGAGGGGCACUACACCAUUUUGCUCGCGACACUGAAGUUUUUCGAAACGAUGUUUGACGCCGUGCCCCCGGCCAGCUGGGGAGCCAACUGGAACUUGCAGGCGGCGGCCACCCUCAACGUGGGCGGGGGCGGGGGGACCGCGAUUCGCACCCUCGACGACCUGGACCAGUCGCGGCACACCGUGGUGCGGGAGGCGCAGUUUCUGCUGCUCGAGGAGAUCCUCAGUUUCGUCCUGGCCUCUGUGUUCGCCAAACACGGCUCUGGCUGGGCGUACGCCGGGGAGAAGCACGACGCGUCCUCCGUGAAAAACGACAUUGGAAAAGUUUGCAUUCGCAUCGCAACGGUGAAUUUCGUCUCGCUCUUCUUCUGCAAAGACUUCUUCCAAGACGCAAGUAACAUUCUCUCCACGCGCGCGGACGCGGAUCUGGUCAGCGAGCUCUUCAACACGCUGCGCAAGCGCCAGCACCGGUUAUUGCAGCUCUUUGCGGAAAAUGCGGUCCUCCCGCGGGUGCUGCAGACCCUGGUUUGCGAGAUGAUGGUUUUGUCCUGUUCCGGCCUGUCAUCCGUUGUUACUGAGAAGUCCAGCGGAGGAACAUCAUCGGCAACCGGCGCUUUGGUAGUUUCAACAUCCGGAGCAAACGCACGCCCAAAUGAAGGGUCGUCGUUACUGGACGAAAGUGCAACAAAGAAGCUCUCGCGGCCGGUGGUGUUCGGGUUCACGAACACAGCGCUGCUGCAAUCGACGCCCCCGUCCGCGGUCAGCGACUACGAGAACACCACGCGCAUCAUCCACCGCUUUCUCUACGCGGCAAAUUGGAUGCCCAACGUGGCCAACGGCACCAGGGACCAGUUCCGCGCCACGGAAUACGAGAACUUCUUCAAAACGAAAUCGCAGAGCGAAGACUUCUUGCUGACGUCGUUGGAUUUUCUGCUCGCGCUGCUCACGAUUUGCUUGCGGCCGAGCGAGGAUCUGGUCAACAAGGAGGCCGUCCGCGAGCUCGAGGAGUACUUGCUGUCGCAAACCAAUACCCCCUCCUGCAAGCGGCAGUACUCCGUGACCUGCGGAGCCGACAACAUCCAGUGCGAAGUCUUUUCCGUGGAUUUGAUCAAAUCGCUCUUUCACCUGUCCUCCUGGAACACGGGAGGUGGUGGCAUAUCGUCCACCGCGGGCAGCACCACCAGCUCCAUUGCGGUGGCCAUUCUCGCGGCACAGACGCUGCAAAAGAUGUGCCUUCUGUGGGAGCAGACGGACACGUUUGCAGCUAGUAAGCACCUGCUGUCCGAAUUUCUCACCUUCAACUGCGCCCCGGCCUACCACGCGGAAACGGCGAAGGAGAAAACGAAACUGGAGCUGCAGAUGCUGCUGAAGGACAUCACCGACGCCAACGCGGCGGCAGCGGAACCUGCGUUGCCUGCGUUGCCUGACGGGAAAGAACCGACAGAAGUAAAGGCGGUGGAAGACGCGAAGCCGCCACAAGAGGGCCAAGCGUCGGGGCUGUCAGCAAGCAGAGGAGUUUAUCUCUCCGGAGGACGUCCAAAUAAACCGAGCGUGCAUCUCGGGGCGUCCAUUGUCCAGAAGUGGCUGCAGAUGAUGGUCAGGCCCGACCCAAAGCUGGUCGAGCUGCGUCACGCCUUGCUCUCGCUCGCCUGCGUGGGCGUCCGGACGCAGAGCUCGGUCUUCCUCACACUGGAAGCGCGCCCCGGGCAAAAUCUCAUCCGCAAAUGCAGGCAGAUCGUGGAGGAGUGUUUGCGCAGCUUUCCAGUGGAGAAGAGCGGCGGAGGGAGAAAUACGACACCAGACGACCUCGCAGCGGAAAGUACACGACCCACCGUCGACAAGAAACAGAAGGAGAAGCUCCGCUGGGUCGCCAACAAAGUGCCUUUACUGUGGCACGCGAUGCACCUGCUGGGCGAGAUUGUGAACACGCUCUUUGUGGAUUUCGAGUCGCUCGAAGACGUCUGGCUGCUUCUCAUCAACGUGCAGGGGAAGGUGUCGCAAAUCAUCAAGGAGUGUUUGCCGUAUUACCUUGACGUAACCGCGAUGUCCUCCCCUCCAGGACGUCGAGGGAAUAACGACGAGCAGUAUGAUCAUGCUAGUAGGGUUUUGAAGGUAAAAUACGCGACGCAAAUUCGGUCGCAGCAGUACUACUUCUACCUGGUGCAAGUCGUGAAGGAGAUCCAUUUUCUCGCGUACGUGGGCAUGGCGAAGGUUUCCCAGUGGAUGGACACGAAGAAGUCCACCAUUGCGCAGCUCCUGGACAAGUCCAAGAGCUUCAAGAAGCUGCAACUGCUGGUGAUGGCGGUGCUGUUCGACGAGCAUGACUUGUGGUCCCGAGACCCAGACGCCGCAAACCAAGCGGCCGCGGCGGCCAUGAACAACACCGGUGGACCGUCGGCGAACACCUACAUCUUCUCCCCGCGCACGCGCGCAGCUGACCAAAGAAUGGAAGUAGAGCAGGAUAAUUAUAUGCAAGAAGCCAAUAACGUGAUAAUGAACGCGAAAGACACAACUGAUUCCAGCAUGUUCGUACCUCCGUCGGCGUACACCGCGAGCCGGGAGCGGUUGUUUCAGCUGUGCCACAAGGCGGGAAUUCAGGACGACGUGUACGCAAACCUGCUCUCGCGGGACGACAUCACGAAGCAAGUGACGGGGACGAGCUACCGCAACAUGCUGAAUAAGGAGGUGUGCGAGGACUUGGACGACUACAUGUACGGCAACUACUCGGGCGUCAGCAGCGCUUUGCUCCUGGAGCACCACGUGGUCGGGGGCACAAACGCAUUUGCUUCCGAUUUCAACGACGACCCAACAAGUUUGAUGCAGCAACUUCCCCGGCAGCAGCAGCAGAGACUGUUCCGAAAGAAUGACUUCGGUGGGCAAUUCCGUUCGGGUUUCGGGACCGACAGUCUGAGUCACGACUACCUGGCGAAAAACACGGCCUACGGCGCGAUUUCGCGCGGAAUGCGCGCGACCCGGAGCUUGUCGGACGUAAGUGUGGUCCGGUCGGAGACCGUGCGUCGCUUUAUCGCCGCCUUCGACCGCUUGGAGCGCGAACAGCUGACUAGAAAAAGGCUUCUUGUUGGGACGGGCGAAUCCGCGCCGAUAUCCUCCACGUCCGCGACACUGCGAACAAAGACCAGCCUGACGCAGACCCUGAACCUUCUGUCCUAUUAUUACGACGUGAAAACUGGCGGCAGCGCGACGACCGGUGUUCAGAGACUCGACCCCAUGGGUGUUGAUGUUACCAUGACCACGAGCAACAAUCCAACCCCGUUUCGCACGCCGGAAAGAGGCGGAUGGAACCACAACAGUACAGUUUCUAACAACCCGUACAACGACAGCAAUAGAUUCGGCGGCGGCUCCUAUUCACCUGCGCACAGGAGUUGUAGAGCAGCAGUGUCCGCUGCCUCGUCAAAGCAGGCGUUGCUGGCCGAGGCCGACACCUUCGGGAACCUCUCGGCCAUCGUGAGUCUGCAGCACGAAUCCCUCGCAAUGUAUUCGCAACUGGUGUUGGCGGUGUGCGAGCUCGCCUGUGCACUGGCCAACGCGCCGAAGAACGACGAUCCGCAGAUGGUGCACGACCUAGUGUCUCCGCUGCUUCCGAUAUCCUGAGUAAAAACGUACCCACACCAGAGUUGUAAUGCAAAUCUGCAUGCUGAAAAUGUUUCUCAUGCGGAGCUCCAUGAGAAGCAUUUUCUAGUCGUGUUUUGCAAUUUGUCAUGCUCGAAUCAGCAUGGUAUGCUAGAUCUGUGAUGCUGCUGAGCUAGCUCAAUCAGCACUACACUACGACUCCAAAUUUGUCAUGCAAAACAGCCAAAACUUGUGGAUUUGUCUAGCCGAUUCCCCAUCUUGACUCUGGUGUGGGUACGUUUUUACUCAGGAUAUCCGAAGCUGAUCCCCUACAUCUCCUUGCUGCUGCACGACCACCAGAUUUAUCAACUGUAAAAAUGUCUGGGUCUGGAAGAAUCCAACUUGUCAUGCUGAUUUUGGAUUCUAAAAAAAUCUGUAUUGCAUGAGCAGCCAAGAGAGUCCAAGUUUUGCUACACGAAGAGAGCAUUUGUCAUGCGGUAUAGGCAUCAGGAAGCCCUCACAAAAUCUGUGAUGCUAGGGCAUGCAUCACAGACAUCAAGAGUCAUGCAAAAUGUGCAUGACAAACCUGGCAAUCUUCCAGACCCAGACAUUUUUACAUUUGAUAAGAUUCUCACCGAUCCGAAAGCAGGAGGUUCCGGCGUCUCUACGGCACUCCUCAACCGGGCUGCAACAAGCACUUUGCACGACUGCGCGAGCGAGGCGGUGCGCAAGCUGUUCCCCGCCCCGUUGCUCCCGACGCUGAGCAUGUUUUUGACCAUGACCACGCGCAUCCUGCAGUUCCCCAUGUUCUCGAGCCCGGCGUUCCAGUUUCCCCCGCUCGCCAAGUACUUCAACGGCGCCGUGCGGGUGCCGGAGGAGAUGAUCAGCGUGCUGAAAAUGACAUCCGAGGAGUGCACGCAGGGCAAGCUGUUCUCGCGGCAGCUGGCGCAACUCCUGAAGGUGUUGGUGCGGCAGCUGCAGAGCCAGGGCGUGAAAGACGUCCGGUUGCACAGCGACGUGCGGGAACGAAGCGGCGGGCAGCAAUUCGCAUGGUCUCGAACGGCGGCGCACCUCGUGCAGGACCGCAGCAUGGUGUUGGACGCGUUCGCGUCUACUUUAGGCUGUCUGUUCCAGCUCGUGACGGCGUUUCUGCCCGAAAACGCGGCCAGCGAAAGAACCACGAGCGUUGAGCAGGAAGCCGAGAUCGAGGAGAUCUUCGUGCUGGUGCUCGAGAGCUGCACGGAAUUGCUGCAGGUCCAUCACCAGCAGACGGGCAUGCCACUCGUGUCCGACCGGGUCUUGAACGAAAGCGACGAUAAUUUGUUCGACGAUCGACUCCGCGGCGGAGAACAGAUGUCAAAACUAGCGACUCCCCGGGGCGGUGGUCCUGCGCGAAAAAAGCAGCGGCGUGGCGUCGACUCAGCGAUGUUGAAUAGUAACGGAAGUCAAAAGGAGAGAACUACCAACUAUAUGACCGGCGCACAACAAGGUAGAAGUACGUUGACAGCGGCGCAGUCGGACGAGGAACACUACGUUGCACAAGCGGCAGCGAACAAGAGUCCCUCGUCCUACCAGUCUUGGUUUGCGAAUUCGAGUGUGACCAGCGCCAGCUUUGGCAGCUUGAUCCUCGCCAUGGUCCAGCGAAUCACGGGCAUCGUUCCCGUCGAAAAGUACUACGAUUUGUACGUGUCCUUGACCACGGUGCUGAUGCAACCCACACCCAAUGGCAUGUGGCAGUUCACCAACUCCGCGGACCACGGGUCGUCCCGGGCGAAGGGCCCUUCCGCGGCCAAGCUCCUCCUCGCGGCGAAGCUGAACAACGUGCGCAAAGCAGUGAACGGCGAGCUGGGUCUGGGCGGCUCCAUGAGUCAACAACAUCUUGACGGAAACACUAACAGCAGCAGCGACGGCGGGGUCUACUUUGCAGAACUGCAGUUACCCGCAUCCAUGUCGAUCACUGCGGAAGAUAACGUGCGGAGAAAAAUUGUGCUGGAUCGCGAACCUGCACUGCAGCGAAUACUCGCGCGGCGGAUCGACGCGUGCGUGGGCCUCUACAUGUCCAUCAGCAGCUCGCUCCACGGCGCAACACUCCUGCUCGAACGCGGACUGCUGUCCCAGCUGGCCGCGCACCCGGUCCUGCAGACCUUCUACGGGAAUGGAAAAGCCGAACUCUCCGCCUACGAGGCCGACCAGCGAAAGCCGUUGCAUGCCUCGUGGUGCCAGGUUCUCGCCCUGGUCGGACACCUUCUCGCGACCGCAGCACCGUAAUACUUUCUGGAUUUGUCAUCUUGAACGCCCGGUCUUCAUGUUCGCGUUUCUCAGAAUAAACCUUUAAUAUUCCCUCUGUAGGCCUGAAAUUCUACGUAUAGGAUUGGGAUUCUCUUUACGUAUACUCUAUACAGGGUCGACGGGGUGUCCGAGUUUUUGAACGCGUAUGAGGACCGGUUUCUGCACGUACUGGAGGAGAAGGAGAUGAUAUCCGAGCUGGCGAUGGUGGAAGAAGUAUGCGCGAUGAGCAAAAUUUUGUGCCACGUCCCCUCGCACGACGCGCGAACGGUGUACCUCCUCAGCAUGGCUCUGAAGGCCCAGAAUUUUCUGGCGUCCGUUGUCCAUGUCGAACGUACUCGGUUGUUUGUAGCUAAAGUGGUUCUUGUACUUUACAUGAUGAUCAUUUUCGAUAUUUUUUUGCCUGCCAAAACGUUUGUUCGCUUUUGCCUGUCUUGUCUUCAUUGAAAUCUCCUCAUAUGCACAGAUCACGGCAGCGGGUCUGAAGUCGUCCGCCCGCAAUCGAUUCCGGAGCGCGUCGCUGCUGGCGUAAACGAGCUGUACGGAUUUUUUCCCGCGGUGGUGCCCUCCCUGUUUCACCAGAGAUCACAGUAUUCUACUGGAACUUUGUUUUUGGUUCUCUUCCUGAUUUGGUCUCUAUGCUGAAAGCAACUGCCCAUGCUUCAUUCGGAUCAGUAGAACUGAAUUUCCACGAUAGCGAAAUGCAAGUAAGUAAGUACUUACAUCCAAUUCCACAGGUACCUCACCUACGACAUGUGCCGGCAUGUCUUACUAAGCCUCUUGCGACUAAUGGCACAAGAACCGCAGCUCUUGGCGCAGAAUUUCUUCGAGGUGGACUACGCGGGCGACAAUAUCCUAUGUAAAAACGUCCCCACACCAUAGUUGUAAUGCAAAUCUGCGUGCUGAAAUUGUUUCUCACGCAUAGCCCCAUGAGAAGCAUUUUUCAGCCGUAUUUGCAAUUUGUCAUGCUCCAAUCAGCAUGAUAUACUACGUCUGUGAUGCUGCUGAGCUAGCUCAAACAGCACUACACUACGAGUCCAAAUUUGUCAUUCAAGACAGCCAAAACUUGUGGACUUGUCUAGCCGAUUCCCCAUCUUGACUAUGGGGUGGGGACGUUUUUACGUGGGAUAGACAAGAAUGACAGGCUGACGAACAGCGCCCGGCUUCCUCGGGCGCUCGGUUCCUUGCAGGCGACGGGCGAGCGGGUGUUGGCGGACCCAAUCCUGCUGCAGCCCGGGCACCACCGAGGUGCCGUCAGCCGAAUACUUUACUUCGGUGGGCUAGCCGGCACUGCGCCGUAUUACGCCGACCGCACGAAGUACAGCCAGCGGGUCCACUGGUCGGCCGUUUUCGAGCACGUCGUGGAAGGCGCGCGAAGGUGCAGCCACUUCCUCGCGCAGACGGUCCUAGUGCCCCCCAGCGAAGGCGGACCCGGGCAGGCCGAGACGAAUCUGCAGAUCAUCCAGGAGCAAUUUCAACUGGCCGCGAGGAACCUGGACGCCCGGGCGGACUUGCAGCGGAUGGACGCAAGAGAGUUUCUUCCCGAGCAGCUCGACCAGGACCUGAAUGUGUUAGACGACGAGUUCGCGUCGGACGACGACGAAGAAGAAGAAGACUUUGGCGAACUGUAUCCCAGUAUUAGCGUCAGAGGACAGCAGCGACAGGACGAGGUAGGAGGGAACAAAAAAUUACCUCAGGAAGGAGCGCAACCAGACCACGGAACUAUAGGCGCGAAAAAUAAGCAAAAAGCAGCAGUCGUCCCAAGGUUAGAUCGCGAACAGCUGCGCAACCUCUCUGCCGCCCAGCGGAGAAUGCUGCAACCUGGUGCGACGGCUCGCGGAGGUGGCAGAUCCGCGCACGCUUUUAACGUCGCGGACCACAUUCACGAGGACCUGGAGGAAGUCUGUAUCCCGCUGGCGUUGUACCUGGUCCCGAAUCCUUUCGACAACAGCAACUUUCUGCCCUCUGCAAGAAAAGCCCUGUUUUCGCGGUUCGCCUCCCAGAGUCCGCUGCUGCCGUCGGUGGUCAAGAAACCGACCACGGCGGGGAACAACACAUGGACCAUGUGCACGAUGUCAUUGGGUACUCAAUGCUUUUUAUAUGAAAAUAAGCAUAAAACAUCGCUCUCCGAGUGGAGUGUUGCUUUGUUUUGACUUUAGUGUGUUUUAGAUAGGCUCUUUUCAUCCCCCAUAAUAUACUGAGCAAUUUGCAUUUAGAUUUUUGCGCGGCCUCGCAAGUUUCUGGGGAAGUUGAUUUAUCUAAAAAAUCGUUCAGGUUCUUGCGGGGGUCAGUAUCCGCUGGGGAUUGUUCCAGAGGCAGUGACUUUCAAGGAGUACAGGUAUCAAAUGUAAAAAUGUCUGGGUCUGGAAAAUUGUGAUGCUAAAAUGUGCAUGAUGAAAACACUUCCGAAUGCAGUCCGGCAUGACAACUUCCCAAAACGCUUUCUCGUAAGCAAUCCGCAUGGGAAACUGCGUUUUUAUUGCAUGACAAAAGAGGCUGCGACUUUUGUUGGUUAUGCAAUACAGAUUUUCUAGAUAUAGCAUUACAAGUUCCAACCUUCCAGACCCAGACAUUUUUUCAAUCCAUAACAGGGACUUGUGCACCAUGUGCUUGGAGUUGUCGGCAACUAUCCUGUGGAAAAGUAUCGUACUCGUAGUAAUCGCAAUCAUGCAUUACAAAUCUCCAUCCCAAGGCAAAACAGCAUGACAAAUUCUAUUUGUCAUGCUGAGCUAAUUUGUAUUGCAAUUACUACUAGCACCAUACUUUUGCAGUUCAUAGCAACGUGCGUCUACCAAUACUGUGUCACCCAAGGUAUAGUUCUUUGUUUUACCGAUGAAACGAAAAACUUGUGCACGUGCUGAUGCUCUAACUGUGAUUCGCCUCUGCUUGAACAGGGCGGAUUUAAUUCAUAUUUUGCAGUAGCAUCUAACCUAAAAAUAUUCUACAGGAGCCUACAAUGAUAACGUGCUGUACGCGCUUUUAAAUCUGAUGCACGAAAUUGGAGAACAUGUACUUGAAGACGGAACGCGCACUCUUCUGGAGGGUUUGGGCGAUGAACUACGGGAGCGCAGUGUGUUGCAGAAGCGGAUCUAAGGCGAGUGUGAACGCCCGGGAUUCUCCGGAGAAGGGGAUUCUUACGAGUGCGAAGACGUUAAGCGCCAACGAACAUGAUUUUAGAUUUUUCGUAAUUAUGGGGUGCCGUAAAGGGGAAAGUUAAGCAACUUUGCAAGAAGCAUCGAGGGUUAUACUAGGCAACAGGAAACAUCAAACAUAUGAAUGAGAUCGGCGAAGAACGCGAUGAAGAUAUGCGACAGUGUAUUUGUUUUGCAUUACCAGGGCGAGGUACAUGUGACUCGAAUCACUAGGAACAGAAAAUCCCAUUAAU